CAAGCGUUGGGCGGGCCGUGUGGUGUGUGCCGCUGCCUUUCCAGCUUCUAGCUUCUUCUGCCCGGCUUCUUCUUCUUCCCACCGGCAAGUCUCCUCCCCUCCGGAUGAGCCAGGUGACGGACGCAUAUAUAGCCGCGUAUUCAUCCACACCGCCUGCCCCUCCCCCUCCCACAUCCAAUUCCCACUCCACCUCCGCUCCUUCUCGGCCCUUCCUCGGCCCCUCGCAUUGCAGGGAGGAGGAGACUCAAUCAAGAUGCCGACCAUCAUCAUCAAGGUGGACCUGGAUUGCGCCCGCUGCCACCGCAAGAUCGAGAGGGUGCUCGACAGGAUCAGAGAGAAGGGCGAGUUCGUGAUCGACGACAUCGAGUACGAUGAGAAGAACAACAAGGUGAUCGUGAAGGGCCCCUUCGACGCGGACAAGCUCUCCGACAAGCUCUGCUGCAAGGCCUGCAAGAUCAUCAAGGAGAUCGAGAUCGUGGAGCCGCCGCCGCCGCCGCCGCCGGAGGAGCCCAAGAAGGAGGUGCCCGCGCCCCCGCCGCCGGAGCCGGAGGUCGUGGUGCCGCCGCCGCCAGCGGUCGUCGAGGAGCCCAAGUGCCCCGAGCCGGCACCGGAGCCGCCCAAGGAGGAGCCGCCAAAGGAGGAGCCGCCGAAGGAGGAGCCGCCCAAGAAGGAGGAGCCCGCGCCCCCACCGCCCAAGAUCGUGGAGGUGCCGUACCCGUGGCCGUACCCCUACCCGUACCCGGCGUGGCCGUCGGACUGCUGCUGCUGCCACGGCCACGGCGGCUGCUCCUGCAAGGAAGAGCCGGCGCCGGCCCCCGCGCCCGCACCCCCGCCGCCCCAGUUCAACAUCUACCCGCAGUACCCGCCGUACCCGCAGCAGCCGGCGUACCCGCCGUGCGGCGGCUACAAGAUCGUGUGCGAGGAGGACCCCUCCUACGCCUGCGCCAUCAUGUGAUCGAUCGAUCAAUCAGUACGUCGUACAGUACUCCGUUCCCACCACCUCCGUCCCGCUGCUACGCUGCCGCCAUUAAUCCGGCCGUCCCGUAUAAGCACCGUACAGAUACGAUGAUAAACUCUUCGCGUACAUAUACACGCGCCACAUAUACACCUACUCUCUACUCCCUCGCUGUUUAUUUCCCCUGUGAUUAGUAGAAGCCAGAAUAAAAUACAUACCCAGAUGCAUUCAUGUGGUACUUCGUAUACUACUACUACUAGUAGAAACUAAGGAGGAUCCGAGAUCGGUCAUCGGUGUGUCUGUCGUCUCAUUGUCAGCGCCCCACUUUUAUCAAAUUAUUAGUAUGUGCUGCUGUGACAUCUUCUCACUUUAAAUUAUGAAUUCAUGUAUGUUGCACUCUGA